AUGCGUUUGCAGGAACACGGUCUGUUAAGUUAUCUAAGCAACCAUGCUGGCUGCAAGGCUAGUAUGCCUGAGGGCGUUAUCAUGCCAGACUAUCCGCCCCACCAUUACUCAGGCUUCCCCAGCUUUGAGGAACUCCAGUAUAAAAGCAUACAGGCUGUGGCAGCCUAAUCAGUGUUAUGCCACCAGAGUAAGAACGGGUGUAAGGCGUGGAAAAAUUGGCCAGGAAAUUAAAGAAGCAGCAUUUGAGCCAUCUGCAGAAACAGCACUUAAAGCCGAUCGCCUGGGGAAAUUUGUUGUUGCUGGAGGGGCUGCUGUUGGCCUGGGGGCCCUCUGUUACUAUGGAAUGGGCAUGUCCAGUGAGAUCGGAGCUAUCGAAAGAGCUAUUAUUUGGCCACAGUACGUGAAAGACAGAAUUCGCUCUACUUACAUGUACUUUGCGGGAAGCAUUGGCUUGACGGCACUGUCCGCUGUAGCAGUAAGCAGAUCUCCAGCACUCAUGAGCCUUAUGACAAGAGGCUCCUGGCUGGCAAUAGGUGCAGCUUUUGCAGCUAUGAUUGGUGCUGGAAUGUUGGUCAGGUCCAUAUCCUACGAAAAUAGCCCAGCAGCUAAACAUUUGGCUUGGAUGAUGCAUUCAGGUGUCAUGGGUGCAGUGGUGGCUCCUGUAGCCCUUUUGGGUGGUCCUUUGCUGAUCAGAGCUGCCUGGUAUACUGCUGGAAUCGUCGGAGGGCUCUCAACUGUGGCCAUGUGUGCUCCAAGUGAAAAAUUUCUGAACAUGGGAGGACCACUUGGAAUAGGCUUAGGCUUUGUUCUUGCCUCUUCAAUUGGAUCCAUGUUCUUGCCUCCUACUUCUGCUUUUGGUGCUGGCUUGUAUUCGGUAGCUGUUUAUGGUGGAUUGGUACUCUUUGGCAUGUUCCUGCUCUAUGAUACCCAGCAUGUUAUCAAGCGUGCAGAAACUGUUCCGUAUUAUGGAGCAACAAAAUACGAUCCAAUCAAUGCGUGCAUGGGUAUCUACACAGAUACACUGAACAUCUUCAUUCGGGUGGCCACCAUGCUUGCGGGUGGUGGAGGUGGCAGGAGAAAGUAAACUGAGACUCCUCUUUGCAGCUGUCUGACAGCCUACCUAGUGCACAUACUAAAUAAAAAUUCGUGGUUACAAGCAGUUUUGCUGCAAGUCAGAAGUUUAAAGCAUUUCAGCAUAUUGUUUCAGUGCAAUGUGAUUCAGACUUAAUAGUUCUUCUUCAAACACUUUCCAGCUCUCUGUUUAAAACAGUGUGAAUUGCUUCUAAUUGUACAUUAUUUUGGGAAAGUAAAUUAUUUUUAAUAUAUGA